AUGUCGGAUGUUCUUGAUCAUUGUCCGGAGCUAGGUUGGCUUCGCGAUGUCGUGUUUCUGUCGAAGAUCGUCCUGAAUUCGAACGGUGAGAAACUACCAAAUCCGUCGAGGAAGGGCUAUCGCAGUAGCGACGCUCGACUACAGUGGCGCGUCGAAAAGGGGAAGAUCACAGUGGAAGGUUUCGGUAUGAAAAACCUUGACCAGUGCGCUGGCUAUAGCAAGGAUGAUGGUGCUGGUGUGAGCAGGGCAAACAAGAUGAGACAUAUGAUCGAUCAGUGGAAGAAGAAGGGGAAGUGUCGAUCUGUGCCGAGCAUGGCGAAUCCAUCCACACUGUGUGACGGCAAUGAGGAAAUUCACUCGGAGGAGGACGUGCUAUACCUCAAGCAUCUCCCUGAUUUUGAUGGUGCCUUGUCACCGUCUCAAAUCGAGCGGAUCCUGGCGAUCUUGACAGCACCGUAUGUCCGAAUCCCACUCUUGCUGGCAUUCUUCUCGGAUCGUGACCGAUGUGGGGUCUUGGCGAAUCCUAGGUUGCAGAUGGUCUUGGACGCGGCCCUGUACGAGCCUGGUCGCUGGGCGUCCACUCCGCAGUCGACGACGGCAUUCAAGAUUCCAGGACCAGUUGAGAAUACGUAUAUACGUGAUGGUCUGUUGAUGAACGAACUACUCCACUGCCCUGAGCAAAUAGCAGUAGCGGUGGGAGACCUUGUGGAUGCGGCGGCUGAACGGGAUACGGGCAGGGACACAGCUCCGAGCCAGAGAUACAUUCUCUAUGCUGCUCGACUUGCCGCACGCGUGUGCAUAUAUGUCGGACAUGUGACGGAGUUGUAUGGUGGAAAAGUGGAGGGCGAGAAGAUGGACGAGUGCAUGAGCAUCCUGAGGUCGAAGCUCACCGGGAAGAUUUGGAGCAUCGUCUCUCGUUGGUGCGAAUCAAGCAUGCGGAAACGACGAUACGAAGAUGCUAAUUGUGCCCAUGCUCACUUAUUGUUGUUGGCAGCAGCCCGAGGCAGCUAUCAAAUGGAUGACGAUGAGACUAGCGAGGUCUACGAAACAGUAUUGAAAGCUCAAGUAUAUCUGUCGAUGCAUCACAGUUGGAGCGAUCCGGAGGUUCCCUCGGGUGUCCUGGGCGGCAUUUACAACGUGGAGGUCAUGAAUGUCUUCACUCUCUUCCGAAGGCCAAUCUACCUUCGACUCAGAGCCGAUCAGAUAUGGGCUAGUGGAGUCCUCGAGGAAGUUGUCGAGAUGGUGUCAAAUAGCAAUAAUCAAAGUGCUUCAAGAAGACUCUGGGAAGAGCAAAGCGGUUUGCUCGGAGUGUUCAUACCCCAGUCGGAUUCCAAUCACGAAGAGAAAGGGGAGGAGCGGCCUUAUGUGGAGUGGCUGCGCGGGGUGACGCAGCCUCCAGCUUUGACAAUAAACGUCAACCUUGGACGAAUCACGUUGAAGCAGCAUCAGCUGAGCACACUGCCUGAAUGGGCGCUGCAAUUCCCCGAUUUUGCAGAAGUCUUUGGUGAAGAAACCACAACUGAGAGCAUCCAAGUGGCGCUCGUUGAAUCGUCACUUUACCGGAAGUGGUAUCGGCUCGUAGGCUUACGUUAUGAUAUCCAGAGAUGGGCAGUAGACCCGGAUUGGUCGCCAGCUGAAUUGCAGGGGAAGAAGCUGCCGUCAAAGCACUGGGCUCGGAAGCUCCUCUCGGAAUUGCCUAGUUGGACUGACUUCGUUCCGAACAGGCUUCACUUGUGCGAGGAAUCUCCCAGCGGUAAUUGGUGCAUUCUUUCGGGUCUCGCUACCCAAGGCUCCCCUCGAGAUAUCGUGGUGGUAUCUUCGCCUGCUCCCCUUGUUAUGGUCUAUGACGUCAUUGGUCAUGGCCGACAGUCUUAUAGACAGCUCGUGUGGUGCAGUGAUGAGGCGACUACGCUUGCAAGUCAUCUUCAAGGGUAUCAGAUACCCUUGAGGAUCGAGCUGUCAUGCUGGGUGGAACGCUGA